AAGAGCGAAACCAAUAGAGUGCGAGAACCGAGCUUCUUUCUCUGACCCUAUCUUGCUUCAGGCGAUCCUUAUCGGAAUCGUUCUCAGGAUGGAUUCACAAAUCAAGCACGCCGUGGUGGUGAAAGUUAUGGGUCGGACAGGAUCGAGGGGGCAGGUGACUCAAGUCAGAGUCAAGUUUCUUGAUGAUCAGAAUCGAUUCAUCAUGAGGAAUGUCAAGGGACCUGUUAGAGAAGGUGAUGUGCUCACCCUUCUUGAGUCUGAAAGAGAAGCCAGGAGGCUUCGUUAAUAUGUGCAUCUCUACCCACUUCUUUUUUUAUGGUUUAAUUUUGUAUUAGUAUCAAGACUCUUUUGUUAUGCUAUAGCUAGAGUGAUUAAAAGUGCUGUUAUGAGCUUUUGCUGUGCGGUUUACAUUUUCCCAGCCAUUGUCAUAUCAAGACUAGAAUUUUGAUUUAUGGAGUUGCUUAAGCUUUAAUAUACCCUAAAGAAUUUCUCUUUUUCUGGGAAAUGCUAUUGUAAUUUAUCUUUUGUUAUGCUAGUUGGUUUUUUUUGUCUUCUUUUAA